CAUUCCUUUCUUAGUAACAAUUGUAUAGGCUAUAAAUACUGUACAUGUUCCUUUUUAGUGAAUAUACAAGAAAUACAAAAGCAUUACUCCAAUUCCUUUCUCAUAUCUCUGAUUAUCAAAGUCAAUAGUUGCAUUGCAUAUGAUUGAUGAUGUUGAGAAUCUAUGCAUAUCAAGUGUUUGAAGAAAUGUUUGUCCUUUUUUUCUUGCAAUUUUAUUCGCCAUUGUAUAAGUAACUUGGUUAGUUGUUUAAGUUAGGGGUGUAAACGAGCCGAACUACUUGCAUGCUACUCGAAACGAGCCUGGGACUAAAAAUAAGCUUGUUUAGUAAACGAACUCGAGCUGGCUCAUGAGCCUAAACAAGCACGUUAUUUAUACAAUUUAUAAUUAAUAUAUUAAGUGUGUGUGUAUAUAUUAUGUUAACUAGUAAACUUUUACGCCAAUGUAAAAAUACAAAAUUUAUCUGGAUGGAGUUAAAAAGACCGGAGUAUCAUUAGCAUUCACUGUCCGAGCUCUAGACGCUGGGCCCGUUAUUGCACGUAAAGAAAUGGAAAUAGAUGACAAUAUUAAGGCUCCCGAAUUGCUUGAUCUGCUAUUUGCACAAGGUUCGAAACUUCUAGUUCAAGAGCUUCCGUCUAUAUUUGACGGGUCUGCAACGACAAAAGCUGAAGCGCAGGAUGACUCAAAAGCCACUUUAGCUCCCAAGAUAAGUCAAGAGGAGUCGUGGCUGUCUUUUGACGAAGAAGCGUCAAUCCUACAUAACAAGGAAGAGAGAUAGAAAACGUGAGGAGUAGAAAGAGAUGGUUAUCGACACAAAGAGUUAGAGAUAAGGAGUUAGAAGGGAGGGGCCGAGGACGGUGGUUCCGUGGCGGCGCUACGGCGGCAACACCAUCAAUGGUCCACCUCAAAACAGUGUCCGACGUCUACAACAAAUACCAUCAAUGAAUACUAUGGCUGCAAGGAGAUCGUUGAGGGUGUUUCACCACCUAGCCGCCGCCUCCAACGAUGGCGGCUAGGGUUCCGGCGACGUUUCGGGCAAUCUCUGGCGAGUCGUUUUCGCCAUGCAUGUUCAGAUGGGCGACAUCCGACCACCUAAAUAACAUCUUAGUUAUACAUUUAGACAAGGAUACCAACGAGCGAGAAGAAAUUAUAAUUUGUGAAGAAAUCUUCCAUAUAUAAAUCUUCUAUAAAUUGGUUGUAUCGGUGUAAAGAUAAGUAAUUGUAUCACUAUAUCAGUACAUAUCGUCUUUAGGGAA